AUUAUCAUAUCAGCUAUAAUUGAUUCAUUCUUUGAGUAUUUUAUUGUUUAUUUCCUUAUUUUCUUCAGCUUGUGAUGGGCAUUUUUCAUUGUUUCCUGAAUCUGAUUAAUCAAUUCAUUUAUGAAAACAAUCUGCAGAUUAAUCAACAAUUAAAAUAAUCAUUAAGCCCACACCCAUCAGGUGUUAAACUUGUAUUUUUUGAAAUUUUCAGAGGCACAUCAGCUGUGUAAAACUGUCUUACUGACUCGAAAGAAUUUUCAUUGAACAAUAAUCAAUACUUAUUAACACUGUGGAGUUUGCUGUGAGGAAAAGAAUCACAGCACUGUGUGUAACUGUAGGUGUGUAUCUCUCAGGCUUCAGGUUCCCAGGUAAUAAAUUUAAGAUGUUAAUUUAUGACGACACAACAGAGAGGUUUAAAAUGAGUUCCAGAGGAAGAACUUUUCUUCUCAGGACAGCGGGACCAGGUGACACCUGCCUUCACAGGUAAGACACAUCUUUACAUUUCUGUUGUAAUAAAACAUAUAUAUCACCAUUAAUGCAUCAAGAGAAGUUCCUUAAGAUUUCUACAUUAUUUCUUAUGUUUUUCAGGAAUUUUCUGCUGUUACAACACAGAAUAAACCCAGACAUGACAGUUUCUUACACCCUUGAAGUGGCCAAUGCGAGUUUUGGUGGCUUCUCCAAGCUCCUGUUCAGGUGGAAGGGAAGCAUCUACAGGCUGCUUUACAAAGAGCUUCUGGUGUUCUGUGGGGUUUAUCUGUUUUUCAGUGUGUUGUACAGGUUCAUGCUCACAUCAAAGCAGCAGGAUCUGUUUGAGCGUGUCGCCCUUUACUGCGACCAGUUCACCAACACCAACUUCAUCCCAGUUCUGUUUGUACUGGGUUUUUAUGUGACCCUGGCCUUUAACCGCUGGUGGGGUCAGUACACCAGCUUCCCCCUGCCUGAUAACCUGAUGAUGGUGGUGUCUGGGAACGUCCACGGGGCGGACGAGAGGGGUCGUCUGCUGCGGCGAACACUCAUGAGAUACGCCAACUUAUCUUCAGUCCUCAUUCUCCGCUCUAUUAGCACAAGAGUUCACAAGCGUUUCCCAACUUUGGAGCACGUAGUGGAGGCUGGAUUUAUGACGACACACGAGCUGAAACAUUUUGAGUCGCUACACUCUGAUUUCAACAAGUACUGGAUGCCUCUGACUUGGUUCUCAAAUCUGGCGUCCAAAGCGAGAGAGGAGGGUCGGGUGAGGGAUGACAUCGCUCUGAGACUGCUGAUGGAUGAGCUGAAUAACUACAGAGGCAAGUGCAGCCUCCUGUUCCAUUAUGACUGGAUAAGCAUCCCUCUGGUCUACACACAGGUGGUCACUAUAGCAGUUUACUCUUUCUUUGCCUUCUGCGUGAUUGGCCGACAAUUUCUGAACCCUGAGAAGGGCUACAAGAACCACAACCUGGACUUGUACGUCCCUGUUUUCACCCUGAUGCAGUUCUUCUUCUACACUGGCUGGCUCAAGGUGGGGGAGCUGAUCAUCAAUCCGUUUGGCGAGGACGAUGACGACUUUGAAACCAACCAGCUGAUUGACCGAAACAUUCAGGUGUCGAUGCUGGCUGUAGAUGAUAUGUACCAGAACCUGGCUCCAAUUGUGAAGGACAAGCACUGGGCUCAGAGGCAUUUCUCCAUCCCUUACACUCUGUCAACAGCAGCAGAGACUCUCAGACCGGCCUUUAAAGGCUCCACCUUUGACAUGAGGAUGAGUGCAGAGGACCUGGAGAUUCACCAGCCUGCAGACACUCCUGGGAAGAAACAGUAUUUACCUCUUAAGGGCUCGUUGGGCGAUGGUCUCGACAGUCUUCUGCAGAGGGGCAAAGGUAUCCUGCGAGGUGGGAGCCUCCCCUCUCUGGUCGAUGUCUCAUCACACCCAAAUGAGGAAGAUGAUGCCGAUGCUUCGCCUGAUUAUGACAUCAAUGCCACCAACCACAAAAAACAAGAGAGGGCAUUCAUUAAAGUUGUAGUGGAAUAAAACUAGUCACAAUUAUUGAUGAACCAAGAAUGUUUUAUUAUGACUCAUAUUUUAUUUGAGGUAAUAAUAGGCACAAACCAAAAAAAAGAUUUUAUGUACAUAUACACAUAUUUUAAAUACAGUAAAUGGAUACAUUUCCACUUUCACAGUAUUAAACCAA